ACUCCUGUUCUUGGUGCUAGAGUUUUUGGACUUUAUAGUUUGUUGUUAGACAUUUAUAGGGGACACUACUAACCCAGGGAAGAGGCAGGGGGUGGCUAGUUAUGAAGAUCCUGGAAAAAAGAUGAACCUGCAAAUGGAAACAGCUCAGGGACCAGUAUUUUCCUGACUAGGCUGAAGUGUGGAGCCCCAGCUGCUAACCUCUGUGGCUAAGAGCAUGUCUGCUAACAAAGGCUGGUGGGUGCCAUCUGAGAGUGAAGACACCAUGUCUGAGAAGUUCCUGAGGAAGACCAGGGAGUCUCCCCUGGUGCCUAUAGGCGUAGGAGGCUGCCUGGUGGUGGCAGCAUACAGGAUUUAUCGACUGAAGGCUCGUGGUCCAACCAAGAUGUCCAUACACCUGAUUCAUACCCGAGUGGCAGCACAGGCCUGUGCUGUGGGUGCAAUCAUGCUAGGUGCUGUGUACACAAUGUACAGAGACUACAUCAAGAAAACAGCACAGGAUUCCAGGGAGAAGUAGCAUUCCAAUAGCAUACGGGGCAGUCAGACCCUCUUAAAUCAAACCUUGCUAUGCUCCUAAUAAAGUAGUUUGGAAGACAA